AUGAGAGCUGUUGAACAGCAUCACCAUGAGAUCGAUCGGGGGUAUGCAGGCGUGCAAGAGACGGGGGGGGCUAGGGGGGGUGACUGCAUGGCGUCGGCCGCCGAACAACACGCAGCGCAGGAAAAGGUGGCGGAGACCCUCGCUCGUCAGAUGGAAGGACAGCUAGCCGAGAACGGGGCGCUGGCGGCGACGGCUCUGGCGGCGGCGGUGGCGGCGGCGACGGCAGCGGCAGCGGCGGUCGGGGGUGCGGGGCCACCCCCCUCGGGACAGAUGGCAGCGGCGUUGUCGGGCGGAGGGAUCACGAGCAAGGUGGACGUGACCUACCUCAACUUCUUCCUCAAGGAGUUCAACGCGUUUGUCCCGCUGACGACGCAAGACAUCUUGCGGGACGCUCUUUACCCGGUGCCGGCGGCCCUGACGGAACGAUCGUUCCACGGAGACGAGGAGUAUAGAAGACAGAACGCUCGGGUGGCCGUGAUCCAAGGCUGCAUCACCAUCGGCGCGUUGCUCAAGGGGCACACACAGGUGGUAGGAUACCUGCGUAACGUGCGGGAGGCACUGACCAACUCCUUCGACUUCGUGAGCUCCGAGACGAUGAGCGCCUACAUGGUGACGGCCUACUGCCACGACCUCAUGGGAAAUGCGGCGGCUACACGCAACUACAUGGAGUUCGCGAAGGCGGUGGCGACGCAACUCCCGCAGGUGACGGUGGACCACGAGCUGGUGUUUCAGUUCUACCGCGUUUGCUCGGAGGUGCACAACUGCACCCUGUCGGCUAUACCCAAGCUCCUCCAGCACGCGGGCGCGGCGGCUCCUUGCUACCAGGUCCUCAACGUACUGACAUACGCCUUGUACGACCUGGCCCAUCUUGCCGCGGAGGAACUCACCAACACCAUUUCCAAGGCGCAGGUGAUGGCGGAGUUGAACUCCCUCUUGCCGAUCCUGACACGUGCUGACGGCAUGAGCCGGGACAACUCGUCCUCGUUCGGAGCUCUCGGCGUCGUGCUCGUGAAGGGGGUGUUGGCCUACAUCUUGCUACGCUUGGGUAGGAGCCAAGACGGGCUGGAGGUGCUGGAGCCGGUGGUGGGCAUCCUAGCGGAAAACCCGGGGCUGCUGCGGCAGGUCAUGUGCUGGCAUUUGUCACGCUGCAUUCUGGUGAUCUUCCUGGAGCAUGGGUGGUUCAAAGAAUACGAAAUCACGCGAAACAUUUACAACAGCCUUCUGGAGCCCGAACAGGGCGGGCAGCACUUCGCAGUGUGGGGCCGAGGCCAUUUCCAGGAUGCGACCCCGUUCCCUCCGGUGGACAGCCUCCACUCCCAGGGAAACUCCUUUUUGUGUUCCAACCCCAUCUGCAAGGCCAUCAACAGGGAUCUCAGCGAGGGCGUCGAGGCAACCGUCGCCGCACAGGGCCGUUUUGCUGCGGCAUCGAGCGCCGCCGGGCCGCAGCCGGUGAUCAAUAUGGUCACCGGGGAAGGCUUCCUCAACUUUGACUCGGAGGCGGGGGUGAACGUUUCGACCGCCUCACCCAAGCCGUCCCUGCCGGGCUUUGGCUCCAGCUCCAGCUCCGGUACGGGAACAAGCCAAGCGUCGCAGGGAUCACCACAACCGCCCGCGUCGAUGUCUUCGUCGUUUUCAGUCGCCCAGCAGCAUCCGCAAGCGAUGUUGAUGACUCCCGCUGCUUCCACGACUCCCGCCGCUCUACACAAGGGGGCUGUUCCGACGAGAGCGGCGAUGUCGGCGAUAUCGGCGGCCGACGCCGGCAAGAAGAGGGUGUUGUCAGAUCGCACCGCCUACGUCCCCUCUGCCGGGGUCCCAGGGGUUGGGGCUAGUGCGGGAGGGGGUUGGAGUUGCUCGGGGUCUGUUCGAGAAAGUGAAGGCGGCGUUUCUCCGGCGAUGGGCCAGUCCAAGGAAGAGGAUAUGGGAAAGGCGGAUUGGCUUGGACGAAGAUCAAGGCGAACGCACCAGCGAAUGCUUCAGGAAGCUCGAGCUCUGUGA